CAUGCCGGGCGUCCUCCACGCGGAAAAGAGCCUGCGUCAAGUCGACGCCGCCGCCAGCCUCGAGAGCUUCCAGGUCAACAGCCUCGGGCCGCUGCUGCUCAUGAAGCACUUUGCGCACUUCCUCCCGGCUCGAGGCACCAUGCUCCUCUCCAGCCCGCCCACCGACGCUGUCCGGCUGCCCGAGCACGCAACGUGGCUCAGCAUGGCGGCGCGUGUCGGCUCGACGACAGACAAUCGGCUGGGCGGGUGGUUCUCGUACCGCGCGAGCAAGGCCGCCGUCAUCAGCCUGGCCAAGAGCCUGGACGUGUCCCUCCAGGCGCGGAGCGGCGACCAGGCCCUGUCGGUGAGCUAUCACCCGGGCACGGUGCGGACCGACUUCAGCCGCGAGUUCUGGGGCAGCGUGGGCGAGGCGAAGUUGCUGAGUCCCGAGUAUGCGGCCGAGAGGCUGGUAGACGUGGUGGCUGGCUUGGAGGUUGGACAGAGAGGGCGGUGUUGGGAUUGGAAGGGGGACGAGGUUCCCCCAUGAGAGAGGUCUUGAAUCCCAGGAACAGCUUCGCAACAAACGAAACCAGUAUCGGCUAGGUUGGAUGUUAGACAGAGGGGGAGGUGUCAAGAUUCGAAAGGAGACGAGGUUCCCCUGAAGGACAAUACACCCCAGAAACAACUUCACAACAAACCAACCCAGUCUUGAUAGAUAUACA